GGCUUGGAGCGCGCUGGCGUCGUCGGGGGCCAUGGAUGCGUUGGCGAGGGCGCUGCGGUGCUCGGAGGCCUUUUGGCGGAGCGUCUCCGGCCCGCAGGAGCAGCGGCUGCUGAAUGGGAUGAGCUACGGGAUGAUGGGCAGCAUGGCGCUGGGGAUCCUGGCGUCGCGCUACAUGAAGAUCCCGUACGGGCGAUACGCGUCGUCCGCCUUCGGGCCGCCCAUUCCGGCCAAGGUGGCCUGGGUGCUGCAAGAGGCGCCCGCCUUCCUCGUGCCGCUGUGGCUCAUCUUGGGCAGCGACGGCGCCCGCCUCAGCUUCUGGCCCAACCGCCUCCUCCUGGCGCUGUUCGGCAUCCACUACGGGUACAGGGCAUUCAUCUUUCCUUUCUUAAUUCGUGGAGGAAAGCCAACACCCGCCAUUACAUUUUUGCUAGCUUUUAUCUUCUGCACGUAUAAUGGAUACUUGCAGGGCCGGAGUUUGAGUAACUAUGCAGAAUACUCUUCAGACUGGCCAUCGGUACUGCGCUUCGUCCUAGGUUUCUCUGGGUGGCUAAGUGGCCUGCUGAUUAAUGUGCAUUCUGAUAAUAUUUUGAGGAAUCUCAGAAAACCAGGGGAAACGGGCUAUAAAAUACCAAGAGGAGGAAUGUUUGAAUAUGUGACUGGAGCCAACUACUUUGGAGAGAUUCUUGAAUGGUGUGGAUUUGCUCUUGCCUCCUGGACCUUGGAAAGCACGGCUUUUGCUGUUAGUACAUUCCUGAUAUUAGGAAGAAGGGCACAAAUGCACCAUGAGUGGUACCACAAGAAGUUUAAAGACUAUCCCCGCUCCAGGAAAAUUGUAAUUCCGUGUAUCUACUGAGCUCUUCCUCACAUUUCCUGCCGAUUCUGAGCAAUAGCUGUUGCUUUGAUGAAUAAGAGAAGUUAAUGUUCAAUAAAUGUUGGCUAAACGGGGAAUCUAAAUACCCAUCAGGGAACGUCUGGCAAUGCAAAUACUGUGCUUAAGGAUGCAACAGGGACAUUUUCCGUUAUAAAGUAUUCUUGAAUUAUAGGUGCUAUACCGUAACUCUUUACGAGCUUGUUAUACCU